AAAACUGAAAUAAAGAAACUUCAUCGACCCUCCUCGUCUCUCUCCCACAGGGCGAUGUUCAUGAGCGGCCUCAGCGAGAGCAAACAGACCCACGUCCACCUGAGGAACGUGGACCCGGCCACCUUACAGAUCAUCAUCACCUACGCCUACACAGGCAACCUGGCCAUCAGCGACAGCACGGUGGAGCCGCUGUACGAGACCGCCUGCUUCCUGCAGGUGGAGGACGUCUUGCUGCAAUGCAGAGACUAUCUGGUGAAAAAGAUAAAUGCUGAGAACUGCGUCCGCAUGCUGAGCAUCGGCGACCUGUUCAGCUGCACUGAGCUAAAGCAGAGCGCCAAACGCAUGGUGGAGCACAAGUUCCCCAUGGUGUACCGGCAGGAGGCCUUCCUUCAGCUCUCCCACGAGCUGUUGAUAGACGUCUUGAGCAGCGACAACCUCAACGUGGAGAAGGAGGAGACGGUGCGCGAGGCGGCCAUGUUGUGGUUGGAGUACAAUAUGGAGGCGCGCUCGCAGCACCUGUCCUCCGUGCUCAGUCAGAUCCGCAUCGACGCCCUGUCAGAGGUGACGCAGCGCGCCUGGUUCCAGGGUCUGCCCCCCAAUGACAAAUCCGUGGUGGUGCAGGGCCUCUACAAGUCCAUGCCCAAGUUCUUCAAGCCUCGGUUAGGCAUGACCAAAGAGGAGAUGCUGAUUUUCAUGGAGGCCAUGUCUGAAACGCAAGUUGAGGGCUACGUGAUGACGGGGUCCUUGCUCACCACGGUGGUGUGUUACAGUCCGCAGGCGGAGAAAGUCUACAAGCUCAACAACCCCCCAGGUGACCUGCAGAAGGUGGGGACCCUCGUUACACCUGACAACGAUGUGUUCAUCGCCGGAGGCCAGAUCCCUCUAAAAAACUCAAUCACCAACCACGGCAAGAGCGGCAAGUUACAGGCCGUCUUCCGCUCGGUCGAUAGCUUCUUUUGGUUUGAUGCCCAGCAAAAUGCCUGGGUGCCCAAGACCCCCAUGCUGUGUGCCCGAAUCAAGCCCUCGCUGGUCUACUGCGACGGCUACAUCUAUGCAAUCGGGGGAGAUAACGUCGGGGGAGAGUUGAACAAGCGCACGGUAGAGCGCUACGACUGCGAGAAGGACGAGUGGAGCAUGAUGAGCCCGCUGCCCUUCGCCUGGAACUGGAGCACCUCUGUGGUGGCGCACAACUGCAUCUACGUGAUGACCCACGACCUGAUGUACUGCUACUUCCCCCGACCGGACACAUGGGUGGAGAUGGCGAUGCGCAAGACCAGCCGUUGUUUUGCCUCGGCCGCCGCCUUCGGUGACCUCAUUUUCUACAUCGGCGGCCUCCACGUGGUCAGCAACUCCGGCAUCCGCCUGCCGACGAGCACCAUCGACGGCUCGUCCGUCACCGUGGAGAUCUACGACGUCAACAAGAAUGAGUGGCGCCUCGCCGCCAACAUCCCCGCCAAGCGCUACUCGGACCCGUGCGUGCGGGCGGUGGUGCUUCUCAACUCUCUGUGUAUUUUCAUGCGCGAAACCCACAUGAACGAGCGCGCCAAGUACGCCAUCUAUCAGUACGACGUGGAGCUGGACAGCUGGUACCUGCGGCAGCCCGUGUCAGAGCGCGUACUCUGGGAUCUGGGUAAGGACUUCCGCUGCGCAGUGGGGAAGCUGUACCCCUCCUGCCUGGAGGAGUCCCCCUGGAAACCUCCCACGUACCUCUUCUCCCCCGACGGAGCGGAGGAGUUCGAGGUGGACGGGGAGCUGGUGACCCUCCCCCACGUAUAGCUCUUAACCUCCCCUCCCCUGCCUCGCUGACCGAACCAGGGAUCUGUUACGCUGAGGGAUGAACACGAAGGGGGGGCGAUGAAUUCUCUGAAAGGGUUUGACGUUGUCUGUGUCGUGGGCGGUUCCCGGGAGGCUUUGAACGACGGAGCCCGAAACAAACAAGCUCGGAGCGGAAAAACACGCCCCUGAAAAAUACUAGUAAUCUGAAAAUUUCAUUUUAUUAUUUUUUUCUUUCUUAUUUUGUCAUUUGUGACAUCUGUUAGAUAUUAUUACAAGCCUGUCAUACUGUUUCUACAAUGUGAUGAUCUAAAUGUCAACUGAUUUUUGUGAUGAUGAGGAUGAUGAUGCACUUAACUGGUUAAAAAAAAAAAAAAAAAUGACAAUGGCAACUCUACCAAAAUCUCCCAGCCCCUCCCCCUCGCUCUCCGACCGUAGGCUUCCCUCUCUUCUCCUCUUCUUCUCUUCUCGCACCACUGAUGAAGAGAUACUCCGCAAAAAAAAAAAAUCUAUGUUUCAAUGAACUCUUGGUUUUAAAAGUUCGGCUCUGAAAAGUUUUUCCCCCGAUGAUAAAAUGACGGAAUGGUGAAAAGUAGUUAAAGCCCAAAACUUUUACGACGUUGGAACUUGUAUCCAACAUCGCGUUAGCUUCUCUAAACAAUUUUAAACUAAAUUUAGUUAAAAUCGAUGAAGCGGUAAAUAAUGAAAUCUCCAUCUUUGUCCUCAGAGCUCUGAAGCGACGUCUCUCAAACUGUGACAGACAUUUAAGAAUCUUAACGUCAGCGUCACGUCAGAUUCUGUUUUUAUAACGGAUUCAUUUCAAAGUCUGAUAUUUUAAUCAAAUCACGACUUAGUCAAAAGUAAAUUAAUACAUUUCUUAUUCUGCGAAUUGUUUCUUGCACGAAUAAUCGAUUUGAUCGGUUUUCGUGAUUCAUGUUCUCAAUUUAAAUGUGUCGUCCAAACGCAGAUUCCUCCGCCGCCAAAGAGUCAAAGACUUUUCAGAGACGCCUUUUAAAACCCGGAGCUUCACAAAUAUAGAUUUUUUUUUUGUUUUCAUCACAAACAGGAUCCAUGGGUUUCCUGUAAAGACCCCGCGGACACGAGGAACCGGGGGCUGUAGUUUUCCUGCAGAUGGGGGGAGGAGGGAGGGCUGACGGAGGGGAGACAAGUGAGCGGCGGAGAGUUCGUUCAGAAGAGGGCGACUGCAGGUCCGGUCGCCCAUCACCUCUCCUCCCUCACCGCUCGGCCCUCCGCCGCCCGUCUGUCAGUGUGUUCGCACGCAGGUCUUCCACACAGCCGGCAUUUACACCUCACGCUGUCCGUCGUCACGUGAUCACGACACUUGUGUUUUUCUUUCCACACACGGGUUUUUCUGCAAACACACACACACACACACACACGACUCCACUCUCAGUGCAAACAUAGGUUUCAGGCUCAUGCAUUUUUAUUUUUUUUUAUUCCCAAGCUGCUGAAAUAUAUAUAUAAUGAAAUAUAUAUUUUUCAUAUGUUUAAAAGACGAAGUGUUUUAGUGUGGGGGAAAUAACCAGGUCUAUUUUGUAUUAGUGUCUUUUUUUUAAUUUAAUAUCAGACAUUACUGUAGUGUGAUUGUGGGUAGACAUCCAUUUUCCUAUCGGAUUUAAUUUUCUUCUGAGUGAAUUCUUGCUGCUGAUUGGUUGUGAGAGGAGAGGGCUGGCCCAGGGCUGUUGCUACGGGAAUCGUCCCAGCAACCACUAGCAGUAGUGGAGGGGGGGUGUGGCGGGCUACCUUUAAAAACAUGAGCACAGGUGCUUCAUGACAAACCCUUACUAGCAUGUCUGGCUGCAUCAUAUUCCCAUGGCACUGUAUUUUGAAUGAACGUUAAUUUAUUAAAAAACAUACCAAAAACGUUCCUGAAACUGAGACUCCAUGUUUCUUUUAUUGGAACUUUGACCUGCCGGUGUUUCAGAUCCUGGUUCACGUUAUUGAAGUUAUUACUUGUGUUUUAAAACCAGUUUUGGUUCAGGUGCAGAAACUAAAGUCGGAUGUUAAACCUCGAAGAUGUCAA